UGUAUAUUUUAUAUUACAAGAGAUAUAUAGAUUAGGACAAUCACCUACUCUUAUCUCUGAGUUAUUGACUUCCAAGGGAAGGAAUUAAAACAAUUAUAUUGAAGAAAAGUCCAUCUUCUUGGUUGUUCUAGAUAAAUAAUUGUCCUCAGUUCCUGCUGAUUACUUGUUCUACCGAUCUCAUCUCCACAAAAUAGUUUUCUAACCACUAUAUCAUCAUGUUACACAAAACGCGCUAUUUUCUCAUCUCCAGAACCCAGAAUCAAGAAUUAGAAAGCAAAGAAAUUGUUCUCGAGAUUCUGCUUCAUCAGUUGCAUUUCUGAAUUUUCAAGAAAUUUCUCUUGUUUCUCAUUAUUUUAGGGCGAAAAAGAGCUAGCAAAAAGCAGAAGCCAAGAUCAGAAUCCAUGGGUGAAGAGAAACGCAUUGCUCUGGCAGUGUCAUGGAAGUUGUCCAAUCUGAUGCUUCACGAGUCAGUUUCUUUGCUGGGAUUAGAAGAUCAGCUCGAAUGCAUCGAAAGCAAACUAAGAGACACUGUUCAAUCGUAUCCUGUGGUUCAUUGGACAAAGAGUUUAAGGGAGAUUGCUUAUGACAUUGAAGAAGUCAUUGAUUUCCUAGUGAUAAAAGCGUCACAGAAAAUGGGAGCAGGAACUCUCAUGCGUUGUGUUCUAGCUUUCGUUGAUUUGAUCGAUCAAUAUAAACUUCGCAGGAAGUUAGAUCAAAUCAGGGUUGACCUCUUUCAAUUAUUUAAAGUAGAGUGCUAUCGAGAAUCAUGGUGGAGUUUGUCCAGAAAGGACCUUGAUGUGGGGGAAACCCUGAUUUCUCCCGUGAUCAGGAAAGUCACAGACAUAGUCAGUGACGGGCACCUUAGCCCUGCGGUAAGAAAGCAAGCCAGAUGGUUAAGAGAUGAAUUCAUCUCCUUGCACGAUUUUCUUCAGGCUAUAGAAGUUCAUGGAUUAAGUGACGGAGGAGAGGCUUGGAUGGAGGAAGUCUAUGAUGUGUCGCGCUUAGCAGAGGAUGUUACUGGUUCAUUCUUGUAUGAGAGAGAGAAAAUGAGGAGGACAUGGACAGGGUCUUUCAAGAACCUGGCUCUAGCUCUCCACUGUUUCUUGUCUGAACGAAAUCUUGGCAAGGAGAUGGACCAGAUGAAAGCUAAAAUUCAAGACAUCUCUGUAAGAAAGAUCAAUGCCAUUCAACGACCAAUUGAACGUUUUGAAAGGCUACCAAUGAGAAUACCACCACAUCCUCUUCCUUGCAAGGUUGAAGAAAAACCUGAUAUUUCUAUCUUUGAUGGAGAUAUAGAUGAUAUUGUGGAGAUGUUGCUUAGAGAUGAUCCAAAUUGCCUGACUAUUUCAAUUGUGGGCAUGGAAGGCACUGGCAAGACAAGCCUGGCAAAGUUAAUCUAUGAGAAUCAGGCUAUUGCAGACAAAUUCGCAUACAGAGCUUGGGUGCCUGCAGCUAGUAUGGACAGUCUCAUGAGACAAAUUGCAGGGGACGAGUACAUAAAUAUGACAUCUGUGGUUCAGGAUUGGAAUGAAUUCUUAAGAAGUUCAAGGCAGAUGCUUAAUGCUUCCUUGAAGUCUAAGAAGUAUCUGAUUGUCAUUGAUGAGGUAUGCUCCGAAAGUUUGUGGAAUGAACUUGGGGUUGCAUUCAAUGACCUAUCAAACGGUACCAGAAUAAUUUUCACUGCUCGCAAAGUAGGAUUAACUCCACAAAUCAGCGAGAGAAACUUUACUUAUAGACUGCAACUGCGAAGCAACGAUGAGAGCUGGGCAUUGUUUACUCAUACCUUGAACAGGAACAUACCCAUAGAACUUCUAAAACUGAAAAGAGAAAUUUUAAGGAGGUGUGGAGGUUUGCCAUUGAUGAUCAAAAAGCUUGGAGGCCUGUUGUCAGAUAAAGAUGCAACUUAUGAGGAGUGGUCAAGGGUCCUUGAGCAGCUCAAUCAAAAUGAAGGGCCUUGGUCAGGAACCUUGUCUGAAAUCAAUAAGAAUUUGCCCCUGUAUUUAAGGCGAUGUCUUUUCUAUUUUGGAUUGUUUCCUGAAGACUUUGAGAUCCCUGCCAGAAGAUUGAUUUGCUUAUGGGUUGCAGAGGGCUUGGGGCGUCAGAAGGGUAAUAUGGAACCCCCAGAGCGUGUUUCUGAGAAGUGCUUGAUAGAGCUAGCAAACCAGAACAUAAUACAAGUGACUAAGAAGAAGCUUAAUGGAAAAAUUAGUAGAUGCCGCUUGCCUGAUGCUUUGCAGGUACACUGGCUGUCAAAAGCCAAAGAGGCAAAUUUUCUCCAAGAUAACAUUGGCAUCAAUUUGUCUACAAAUAUGGGUGAAAUACGCCGAUUAGCUGACUAUCUUGACCCUGCUGAUGCUAGCUUUAAUCAUAUCCAUGGUAACACCACCAGUUCUUCUAUAUUCUCUUGUUAUAAAUAUGUUGUUUCUUUUCUGUCUUUUGAUACUCGGGAAGGAAGCAGAGCUGGAGAAGACAUAGGAAACUUUCUUGAACGAUGCAUCUCUAGCAGUUCCUUCUGUUUCCUGUGGGUGCUAGAUCUUGAAAAUGUAUACAAGCCGAAAUUGCCCAAGGCUGUAGGCCAACUCACUCGGUUGAGGUACCUUGGCUUGAGGUCAACUUACCUGGAGAUUCUUCCUUUGUUCAUUGACAAACUACUAAACCUUCAAACACUAGAUUUGAAGCGUACUUGCCUCAACACUGUCCCCAAUUCAAUAUGGAAGAUGAAAAGCCUAAGACAUUUGUUUCUAGAUGAAAGUUUUCGCAGCUUGUUUGUCCCUCGACCAAAGGACGGCUCUCUGGUGGACCUUCAAACACUCUGGGGUGCAUUUAUAGAUGAGGACAGUCCUGUGAGGAAUGGCUUAGACACUUUGCGCAGGAUUACCAAAUUAGGACUGAAGUGCAAGACAUCGGUUUCAUCUCAAAAUGAGGCACUGUCCUCACAGCUGGUAACAGUGGCAAAUUGGGUUAUGAACCUGAAACAUCUUGAAUAUUUGAGAUUGAAAUCAUAUGAUGAAUCAGGUCAGCCUUGGGAUCUGUACUUGCAGACUUUAUUAAACCACAAGGAUCUCUGCAGUUUGUAUUUGGUCGGAAAGCUAAAGAAUCAGCUUCUUGUAUCUGAGUUACCCCAGAGUCUUAUUGAACUCACCUUGUCCGCAUCUGAAAUGGCAGAGGAUCCAAUGCAAACCUUGGACAAGCUUCCAAACCUUAGAAUUCUUAGAUUGUUCUCUAGAUCAUUUACGGGAAAGAAAAUGGUUUGCAGUUCUGGAGGAUUCACAAAGCUUGAAGUCCUCAAGUUCAGGGAGCUGGAAUCUCUGGAGGAAUGGGAUGUGAAGGAAGGGGCAUUACCAAGCCUAAAAGACUUGGAGAUCAGAUCCUGCGGAAAUUUGCAGAUGCUUCCUGACGGACUGAAGCUUGUUAGGACUCUCCGAGAAUUAAAGUUGACAAGACAGCCAGAGUUAUCUUCAAGGAUUAGGGAUAAUCAGGGUGAGGACAGGAACAAAAUUAUCCAUGCAAGACAUGUCUACAUAGAAGAUUGAUUAUACAAUGAGAAGUAUUAGUACUCCUCUGCUAUCCAUAACCUUCCAUUUAUUUAAUUUAUGGCUUUUGGUAUGUUUUAUCAAGCAACAAUUAUGUUACAAUCUUCAUUUCCAUCUACUGUAAAGGGCUUUUUUCUUGGAUUCA